AUGGACCCGGUGUCAUUUCCUAGGAGGCUGUACACAGAAGGAGAAGAACCGGAAUAUGACCGCAGCGUUGGCUACUACAGCAAGAACACUGAGCUGUGGCAGAAACUGCACGCUGUACUGAAGGAGGAGUGGAGUGAGCUUGAGAAUUCCAAUCUGGGACCCCUCUUCAGGUUCACGAAGCUCGACUUUAAAUGGGCAUCGGUUGUGGUACGAUGUAUGCUCACUAUGCAAGUGGUAUGUGAGAAGGAGUAUGAGAUCUGGAGUGUCGUGGGUGUGCAGCCACUGCGUUUUUCAUUGAACGAGUUUGAACGCAUCACCGGGCUCAACUGCGAGUAUAGAAGCUGCUUUGACGAAGCCAGAAGCUAUUGA